CCUCUCGGAAAAGGGACUGGAGCUGGAGGAGGGAAUACUUUUGAAAUAUAUGCUUUGCCAAUAAUUUCAUAACCUUUCAACAUCCGCAGUGGGCAUCAGAUAGCAGAACAUCUUGCUUUUUAUUUCAGUUUUAUCACUAAAUAAUAAUACACCAUGAAUAACACGCUGAACCAACAUUAUGAAGAGAAGGUGCGGCCCUGUAUCGACCUCAUCGACUCACUGCGCUCCCUUGGCGUGGAAAAGGACCUUGCGCUGCCAGCCAUCGCGGUGAUAGGGGACCAGAGUUCGGGAAAGAGCUCCGUGCUGGAGGCGCUGUCUGGGGUGGCUUUGCCAAGGGGUAGCGGUAUUGUAACACGAUGCCCUCUCGAGCUGAAGAUGAAGAGGAAGAGAGAAGGAGAGGAAUGGCAUGGAAAAAUCAGCUACCAAGACCAUGAGGAGGAGAUUGAGGACCCCUCUGAUGUGGAGAAGAAAAUUCGUGAAGCCCAGGAUGAAAUGGCAGGUGUGGGGGUGGGUAUCAGUGAUGACCUCAUCAGCCUGGAGAUUGGCUCCCCUGACGUCCCAGACCUCACACUCAUCGACCUGCCAGGCAUCGCCCGGGUAGCUGUCAAGGGACAACCUGAGAACAUUGGUGAACAGAUUAAGAGACUGAUACGGAAGUUCAUCAUGAAGCAAGAAACAAUCAGCUUGGUGGUUGUGCCAUGCAACGUUGACAUAGCAACCACAGAGGCUUUGAAGAUGGCACAAGAGGUGGACCCUGAAGGGGAAAGGACAUUAGGCAUCCUGACCAAGCCUGACCUUGUAGACAAAGGCACAGAGGAGACGGUGGUGGACAUAGUUCAUAAUGAGGUUAUCCACCUGGCUAAGGGCUACAUGAUAGUCAAGUGCAGGGGACAGAAAGAGAUCAUGGAGCGAGUCUCACUGACCGAGGCCACAGAGAGGGAGAAGGCCUUCUUUAAAGAGCACGCUAAUCUCAGCACACUUUAUGAUGAGGGCUAUGCCACCAUCCCUAAACUGGCAGAGAAAUUAACUCUUGAACUGGUGCAUCAUAUCGAGAAAUCCCUGCCUCGUCUAGAAGAGCAGAUUGAGGCAAAGCUGGCAGAGACACAUGCCGAGCUGGAAAGAUUUGGUACUGGACCACCUGAGGAUUCGGCAGAGAGGCUGUACUUCCUGAUUGAUAAAGUGACUGCAUUCACCCAGGAUGCCAUCAACCUGAGCACUGGGGAGGAGCUGAAAAGCGGAGUUCGUCUCAACGUCUUUUCCACACUAAGAACAGAGUUUGGUAAAUGGAAGUUACACCUGGAUCGCGCUGGAGAAAUCUUUAACCAGAGGAUCGAGGGAGAAGUGGCUGAUUAUGAGAAGACGUACCGUGGAAGAGAGCUCCCAGGGUUCAUCAACUACAAGACCUUUGAGGUGAUGGUGAAGGACCAGCUCAAACAACUCGAGGAACCAGCAGUCAAGAAGCUGAAAGAGAUAUCAGAUGCCGUUAGGAAGGUGUUCUUACUGCUGGCUCAGAGCAGCUUCACUGGAUUUCCUAACCUCCUGAAAUCAGCUAAGACAAAGAUUGAGGCCAUUAAGCAGGUGAAUGAGUCUACAGCUGAGUCCAUGUUGAGGACUCAGUUCAAGAUGGAGCUGAUAGUGUACACACAGGACAGCACCUACAGCCACAGCCUGAGUGAGAGGAAGAGGGAGGAGCAAGAGGACGACCACCUUCCCAUACCUGAGAUAAGGAGUACUAUCUUCAGCACAGACAACCAUGCCACCCUACAGGAGAUGAUGCUGCACCUCAAGUCCUAUUACUGGAUUGCCAGUCAGCGUCUGGCUGAUCAGAUUCCCAUGGUGAUCCGCUACCUGGUGUUGCAGGAGUCUGCUUUGCAGCUGCAGAGAGAGAUGCUUCAGAUGCUGCAGGAGAAGGACAACAUCGAGUACCUGCUGAAGGAGGACUUUGACAUCGGCAGCAAGAGGGCUGCACUGCAGAGUAAGCUCAAACGCCUGAUGAAGGCACGCAGCUACCUAGUGGAGUUCUAGUAUGGACAGCUGCUUGUUAACAUUUAGGAUGGUCUUGUCUAAUGUCAGAUAGCUUGGUUAAUGGAAGUAGGCCUACGUGUGCAUUGCAUUGAGGUUUGGGGUAGACUCUGUAAUCUAAGUUAUAAUAAAGUUACUAUGCAAUCAA